GUGAAUAGCAACAGAAAGGGACAGCUCCUGGAUAGGAAACAUUGCAUUUCACUGGGAUGUCUAUGAAGCAUGUUUCAGUUCUGCUGCUGCUGCUACAGAUGAGUUGUUGCUUCAGAUUUGGAAUAUGUGGGAAAGUGCUGGUGUGGCCUAUGGAGUACAGCCAUUGGAUGAAUUUAAACAUAAUCCUGGAAGAACUUGUCCGGAGAGGUCACGAGGUGAUUGUUCUGAGAAACUCAGCUUCCAUUUUCCUUGAUCCUAGCAAACAAACUGGCAUCAAAUUUGAAAAUUUUCCUGUGUCUUUCACUAAGGAUGAUCUGGAGGAUUUUUUUACACAGUGGGUCAAUAAGUGGACAGAUUUAGACAAGGACUCAUACUGGGGAUAUUUUCCACUAAUGCAAGAAAUGUUUUUAGAAUAUUCUGAUAGUUUUGAAAAUCUCUGUAAAGAGGCAGUUUCAAAUAAGAAACUCAUGGCAAAACUACAAGAAUCAAAAUUUGAUGUCCUUCUCUCAGAUGCCAUUGGUCCAUGUGGUGAGCUGCUGGCUGAACUACUAAAAAUACCCUUUGUGUACAGUCUCCGCUUCUCUCCUGGCCACAUUUUGGAAAAAUACAGUGGAGGACUUACAUUGCCUCCUUCCUAUGUACCUAUGAUUCUGUCUGAUUUAAGUGGGAAAAUGAAGUUCAUGGAGAGGGUGAAAAAUAUGCUAUGUAUGCUUUAUUUUGACUUUUGGUUUCAAACAUUUAAUGAGAAUAGGUGGGAUCGGCUGUAUAGUGAAGUACUAGGAAGACCUGUUAAAUUUUAUGAGCUAGUGGGGAAAGCUGACCUGUGGCUCAUUCGAAGCUACUGGGACUUGGAGUUUCCUCGCCCAACCUUACCAAAUAUUCAUUUUGUUGGAGGGCUCCACUGCAAACCUGCCCAACCUCUGCCCAAGGAAAUGGAAGACUUUGUGCAGAGUUCUGGAGAAGAGGGAGUUGUACUGUUUUCCCUGGGGUCCAUGAUCAGUAACCUGACAGAAGAAAGGACCAAUGUGAUUGCAUCAGCACUUGCCCAGCUUCCGCAGAAGGUUAUUUGGAGAUUUCAUGGCAAGAAACCAGAAAACUUAGGACCCAAUACUCAAAUCUAUAAGUGGGUCCCCCAGAAUGACGUUCUUGGUCAUCCAAAAACCAAAGCUUUUGUAACUCAUGGUGGAGCCAAUGGCAUCUAUGAGGCAAUCCACCAUGGCAUCCCUAUGGUGGGCCUUCCUUUGUUUGGGGAACAACCUGAUAAUGUUGCAUACAUGACAGCCAAGGGGGCAGCCAUUAGGCUGAACUGGAAAACAAUGUCAAGUGCAGAUUUGCUCAAUGCCUUGAAGACAGUCAUUCAUGACCCUUCCUAUAAAGAUAAUGUCAUGGAGUUAUCACGAAUUCACCAUGAUCAGCCCACAAAGCCCCUGGAUCGAGCAGUCUUCUGGAUCGAGUAUGUCAUGCGCCACAAAGGGGCCAAGCACCUUAGGGUUGCAGCCCACGACCUCACCUGGUACCAGUACCACUCCUUGGAUGUGAUUGCUUUCCUGCUGGCCUGUGUGACAACCAUUAUUUUCCUUGUCAUAAAAACUUAUUUAUUUGCUUAUCAAAAUCUCACUAAAACAGCAAAGAAUAAAAAGGGAGAUAAAAAGGGAGAUUAGAGUCUUUUCAUACCCAAGGCUAGCAGCCAAGAUAUGUAAGACUGUUUCAUUUAGUGCAAACACUGUGGAUCAAGAUUUGGCAAAACUGUCCUGCGCAUUUUAUGGUAUCUGUGCCUUUCUGAUGCAUCCAAAUAAAGUACUAUUGAUUGAACAUUAA